AGAAAGAGGGGGGAGAUAGAGCGAAAGAGAAGUAGAUAGAGGGGAAAGACACAUCUCAUCAUGAAAGCCGAAGAACAAUACAAAGUUAUAUUACACUAUUUUAAGUUAAGUAGCUUACACUUCAAAUCACAUGUGACAGGUUAGAGCAACAACAGAACAUGCUGAGUGUAGAAGCGAUGGACAGGAGGAGGUCUAUGUGAAGGGUGUUUGCUGGGAGAGAAAGACAACAAAGAACGAGGGAAGCGUAAUCGAAAAAGGAGGAAAGAAAACUUCUUUAAAAAAAAUACAUUGUAUAUAUAUAUAUUGGGAACAGUAACAAUAAAAAGAACGAACGAGAGAGAGAGAGAGAAAAAAAAAAGAACAAGCAAAAAAGAAAAGAACGAACGAACUAAAAAAAAAUGCGAAACCUCUAGCUGGACGAAGGAAAGAAUAUCGGAAAAGUCAGGCAGCUAAAUAACUUCAAACCGUCGCCAAAAUGCAGCGUGUGAAAGAAGACUUAAAGAGACCACCAAUUGCUGGAAAACCUAAUUUGAUACCACUGUCAUUUUCACAACGUUUUUACAUCUAUGCUAUUCACGGAUAUGUGGCGGAAGUAACAUACACGGCAAUUUGGGAUGUCGUUUACCACAAAAAUAACAAACUCCAUGGAAUCACCAGUAUUUGGUGUCUUUUCAUUUAUGGUAUUUGUAUGCUAGUUCUAGAACGCCUCUAUUUCACACUACGUUUUAAAAUAUCAUUAUUACUUCGAGGACUUGUGUAUGUACUAUGGAUUUUCCUUUGGGAAUUUAGCACAGGUUUCAUACUGAGACUCUUUGAUGCCUGUCCUUGGGAUUAUUCCAUGUUUAAAGGAAACAUCAUGGGUCUAAUUACUAUGGAAUAUGCACCUAUGUGGUACAUUGGUGGAAUUUUGACAGAAAAGCUAGUCAUAUCAUUUUCACGGCAGCUAUACUGGGGACCGUAUUUAGGAAAAGAAGGACUUGUAAAUACUCAAUGAUUUUCAAACUAUAGAAUACAGAGAGAAAUUUUGUAAUUAUAGAAUUAUAGAAAAAUGUGCUAUCUGAAUAUUUAUUUCAUGAAAAAAAAACCAACAAAAAACAAAAUAAUAAAUAAAAAUUUAUGUUUUUAUUGAAACG